UUUUAAUUUGAAGGCAUCGCCGGAAGUACCAUGGGCAGGCGAGGAAGCAGGACAGAGAAUAUUUACGAUGUCUAAACUACAUGAAAUGAGAGCUCUGGUAAACCAGAUGCUUACUACAGCUAUUGAAACAUUAUUCGUGGAAUUUCAGAAAACGAUAACUGAAUAUGACAAUGAAAUCGUUCGUUUAAAAGAAGAAAACGAUCGCAAAGGCAAGCUGCUGGACAGAGUUUUGGACCCAGUGGGGUAUUUACACAACGCUGGCUGCGAGGAGUCCUUUUCAGGAGAUGAGGCAGUGGUUUUCCCAGAGCAGCAACAGGAGCGAACCUCACAGAACCUCAGUGGACCAAACCAGGUGGGGCCUGAUUCCCUGCCCCCUAAAGACGAACCAGAGGAAGUCACCCCAAGGCACGUGGGGACCGACUUCCAAAGCACCAAAGAAGAACUCAAACAAUUAAUCCAAAGCCCGAAAGAAAUCAACCUUAGUUUCAUUAAGGAAGAACCGCAGGAUGGCUUCAGCGGACCGGAAGACAUCCAAAGAAGUCCCGCGGAGGAAAUCGAGGAAGCCGACCGUUUGUUUUGGAGUUUACUCUCCGAGAAUAACCCGGAGCGACGCUCGUCGCCUUACAGGAGCCAGUCGGAGAGGCGAUGGGCUGAGCCUCCACCGGCCUUCGCCUCGGCAGUACAGCAGCAGCAGCAGCAGCAGCAUGGGCCCCCGAACCCUUACCGGCCAGGUCAGGGGCCACAACCGGCCCCCGCACGGCGACACAUUUGUCCGGUGUGCAACAAAGGCCACGCCCGCAACUCCAAGCUCAUCAUCCACAUGAGGGUGCACACGGGGGAGAAGCCUUUCGCCUGCCCCCAGUGCGGCAACCGCUUCAGCCAGAGCGGCGCGCUGACGGCCCACAUGAAGGGCCACACGGGCGAGAGGCCCCACUGCUGCACCGUCUGCGGCAAGAGCUUCGUCAACAAGUGCAACCUCACCAAGCACGUGCAGGUGCACAGCGCGUACAAGCCCUACGGCUGCACCGUGUGCGGGAAGAGGUUUAACUUCAAGCAGGCGCUGAAGGUCCACAAGUGCCCGCAGGCGAGCGGCCUGCAGGUCACCUGUGGCGCCUGCGGCCGGGGCUUCUCUCGCAAGGCCACUCUGGCGGUGCACGUGAGGCACCACUGCCCCGGGGCGAUGGCGAUGGACGCCGCCGGACACUGCGCCGGGGCGCCGGACGGACGCUAUGCAGCCGGCGGAGACGGGUCGGGAUCGACCGACGCCGCCGCCACCGCUGCCCGCUGGGCGAUGUCGUGCCAGACAAUGAGUUAUUAGUGAGCCGGUGGUGGAUGGAGAACGACAGGCAUUUUUGUUUGGGUCAAGCUAUUCCUCUGGGUUUUAUUACAUAUAUUUAUUGACAGAUUUUAUUUUGUCACAUUUAUUAAUAUUUACAUUCAUAUGAAUAGCUUUUUCAUGUUUGGACGAUAGUUAUACGAUAAAAUGUACCGUAUAGUAAAUGUUCCCUUGUUAACCUUUUGAGUUGAGUUUUGGAGCCACCAGGUGGCCCUCAAGAGUGAGUAUGUGUCCUCUUCCCAAACUGGAUUAGGCUUCUCUGCACAAGAUCAAUGAAAAGUGAGUUUUUUUUUUUUUUUUUCAAAGCCAUCUGCUGCUGGAAGCUGAAUUCAGUAUUUCCUUACCUAGGCCAUUAAUUUGAGAAAGAUGUUUGCAAUUUUAUAUCCAAAGUGCAUGUGCUUUGGUAAGCAGGAUAUGAUGUCAUUGAGGGCCCCCAAGCUAAUCGAAACAGCAUUUGCAGAGUCAUGUAUUCUGAAACGUAAUUAGUUGAAACCAUAAGCCCGACAGAUUUGCUUACUGUAUUGAAUGCUGUUUACAUUUACCUAUCCGUAAUGAUGAGCAAUAAGGAAGCAAAGCAAGACCCAGUCUGCUUUGCAGAGACCAGUGAUUAAUUCAAUAUUGAAAUACAUGACAGUGUUCUAUUUCUUUAAUGCUAUCCCCUGAUUCUUCUAAAAAAUUGGCGAUGAUAUAAUAAUUGUAAUUGUAUUAUUAAUAAUGAUAAAUGCACUCAUAUGCUAUUCUUAAAGGAAGAAUAUUGC